AUGGUGAUGAUGCCUAGUGGCUUGCCACCUCGCUUCGCUCCCUCUCCUCCAAAAGCUGAGUUGAAACGGAGGGAGAAAGCUUUCCUCUUGGACUGUGUGGCAAUUAGUUCGAUCGCCAGAGACUAUAGUUACUCGGCGCCCAAGGCUGGAACUGUCAUCCCGCCUUAUAACGCACAGAACGACCGCCAUGCACUGGCCUAUUUCAGGACCAAGCCUCUCCCGCCACUGUUAAAAAAGACCGGCCAAUCCCGUGGUGGGACUUCAAUCCAUGGUGUGACUGUCGAUCGAUUCCAGUUUCAAGGAUCUGCAGCAGGUUACCUGCAAACAAGAAACAAAAACGGAGCAGGUCACUCCGCAGAUCAAGUGAAAGGACAUUCUCUGUUUCUCUCCGAAAUUAAACCUAUAUUUGGAUACAAUGGUCUCUAUGGAUACAGGAGGAACACACCGGCCCUGCGUAAAGUCCCUUCACCUUUUGGUGUAAUUACCCGGUCUGCUAUUCAUUGA